AGUGUGGCAACCCCAGAAGGACGUAGGUGUGUGCGUGUUGAUUAUGCCGUCGUCUCCGAGUGAAAAUCCGCAGCAAAAAUAGUCAAUAUUUGUUUAAUAUUAACGAAUUUAGUAUUGAUUUUAGUGAAAAAGUGAUGUCCUAGUGCUAAUGAAACAAUUGCGACAAUAAAAUAACAAUAUGUCUGUAGGAGUUCAACUGUAAUCUGUAUGUGUGUUUUUACUACACCGCAACUUUCUUGUACAGUUGUGAGAAAGUCGAUAGAGGGAAAGAGCGCGUAUUGGUGACGACAUUGGCGGUAUGGAAUCUCACGGGAAAGGGACGUCUCUCGAUCACAGUCGCUUCGGACAGCUGGAGGCGUUGAUUCUGGGCAAUGGCCACGCUUCCAAGAAGAUCAUCAGCGACAAUGGCGAGCCGCGACCCGAGCAAGUGGCCACGAAUGGGGCGAAAGAGGGCACAAAUGGUCUGUCCGUCGAGUCGCUCCUCGACUGCUUGCUGGCGCUCUACGACGAGUGCUGCAAUUCGUCCCUGCGCCGCGAGAAGACUGUAUCGGAUUUCAUAGAACUAGUCAAGCCAGUCGUCCAGGUCAUCAAGCAGCUGCGCCUGUGUCGAGAGGACUUCGAGAUACUCAAAGUGAUCGGCCGCGGGGCGUUUGGCGAAGUGUGCGUCGUCAGGAUGAUCGCGUCGAAUCAGAUUUUCGCCAUGAAGAUUCUCAACAAAUGGGAAAUGCUCAAAAGAGCCGAGACGGCGUGCUUCAAGGAGGAGCGCGAUGUGCUCGUGUACGGCGACAGGCGAUGGAUCACGAAUCUUCACUUCGCCUUCCAGGACGAGACGAAUCUGUAUCUCGUGAUGGAUUACUACUGCGGCGGCGACUUGCUGACGCUGCUGAGUAAGUUCGAGGAUCGCCUGCCGGAGGACAUGACGCGCUUCUACAUCGCCGAGAUGGUGCUGGCCAUCUCCAGCAUUCACGAGAUCAAGUACAUCCAUCGCGACGUGAAGCCGGACAAUCUCGUGCUGGACGCGAGCGGCCACAUCCGGCUGGCAGACUUCGGCUCGUGCCUGAAGCUGGGCGCCGGCGGCACGGUGCAGUCAAAUGUGGCCGUGGGCACGCCGGACUACAUCUCGCCGGAGAUCCUGCGCGCGAUGGAGGACGGCCAGGGCAGAUACGGACCGGAGUGCGACUGGUGGUCUCUGGGGGUGUGCAUGUACGAGAUGCUGUAUGGCGAGACGCCGUUCUAUGCCGAGAGUCUGGUGGAGACGUAUGGGAAGAUCAUGAACCACAAGAACUGCUUCAACUUCCCCACGGAGGACGCGAGUGGGGUGGUUGUGAGUGACAAUGCCAAGGAUCUCAUCAAGCGGCUGAUCUGCGCGCCGGAAUACCGGCUGGGGCAGAAUGGGAUUGAGGACUUUAAGAAGCACCCGUGGUUCGAGGGCAUUGACUGGGAGACGCUGCGAGAGGGCCAGGCGCCCUACAUACCUGAAGUAUCUAGUCCAACUGACACGUCCAACUUCGAUGUAGAUGACACUGACAUCCGGCUGUCGGAUGUCCUGCCGCCCAUCUCGAAUCCCGCCUUCAGUGGCCACCAUUUGCCCUUCAUCGGUUUCACCUACACGGAAGACUGCCGGCUGUCCGAUCUCUCUGGCUGUCUCUAUGACAUCUGCACCACGGACGGCGUGCUGGUGCAUCAGAUGCAGACUGUGGCGAAGGCUGUUGUGUCGCCGGAGGAGAAGCGCCUCAGUCCGGACAGCACGCGACGUCUGCAGGACGAGAUCAAUGUGCUGACGAAGCGCAAUUGCGAGCUCGAGAGCCAGGUGAAGUCCUUCGAGCAGCAACAAGGACGCCCAUCGGAUGACAUAAUCAACGACCAACUCGCGGGACGCGUGAAGGAGUUGGAGAAGAAGUUGCGCACGCUGAAGCAGGAGCGUGAUGACGUCAGCAAGGACAAGCUGGAUGCGCUGGAUCGCCUCAAAAUCCAGGACAAGGAGCUGCAGGACGCGAUAGGACAGCGCAAGAUCGCGAUGAAGGAAUACACGGAGGUGACGGACAAACUGUCGGAUCUGAGGAGUCAGAAGCAGAAGCUGUCACGUCAGGUGAGAGACAAGGAGGAGGAACUCGACACGGCCAUGCAGAAGAUCGACAAUCUGCGCAACGACUUGCGGAAGAUGGACAAGACGCGGCGUGAAUUGGAGUCGAGAGUGGAGAAUGCCGUCGGCGAUAUUGCUCAGGAGCGAAAGCUGCGCGAGCGCUCAGAAGAGUACUGCCGGCAGUUGCAGGCUGAGGCGAAGGCGCGCAGCUCGUCGGACUUCGGCUCCUCCUCGUCGCUGGGACUCUCGUCGGACAGCAUCCGCAUGGAGAUGGAGCGUCUGGAGGUGCACUUCACGGAGAAACUGACGCAGCAGCAGACAAGACACAACAUCGAACUCUCGUCACUGCGAGAGCAACUCAACGAAGCGGAGAUCCUGGUGAAUGUCCUGCAGCGCGAACUGCAGCAGGCGCGCGAGAAGGUCGACGCCACGCGACUGGAAUCGCUCACGGACAGCGAGGAGAUCAUCACGGAGAUGAAGAAGUGUCAUGAUCAUGAGAAGAAGGUGCUGCAGGACGACAACAGGAAGCUGCUGUCCGAGGUGGAUAUUCUCAAUCAGACGCUGCGCCGAAUGCAGGAGGAGCGGAUUGAGAGGGACAGCAGCUUGGAAGACUUACGCAAUAAACGCAUGGCGAUCUGCCAGUGGGAGCAUCAGAUAUCGGAGAUAAUCCAGUGGGUGACGGACGAGAAGGACGCCAGGAGCUAUUUGCAGGCGCUGGCGAGCAAAAUGACUGAAGAACUCGAAUACCUCAAGCACGCCGGUGCCAUUCAUCAGAACACCAACGACAAGAAUUGGCGCAACAGGAGAUCGCAGAAGCUGGACAAGAUGGAGUUGCUGAAUCUGCAGAGUUCGCUGCAGUGCGAAAUCCAGGCGAAAGCUGCAAUUUCCGAGGAGCUGAGUCGAACGCGCGCGGAUUGGAUCGCGGCCCAAAAGGAUCUUGAGGAGACUCGCCAUCGACUCGGCUGCAUCGAGAACGAGCUGAAGCGCAAGGAUCGGCUGCUGCAGGACAUUCAGCAGAGGCCAGAAUUGGGCGGAGGAUUCCUAGAUCGUCAGUCCAUGCAAAUGGCCUAUUUGGAUCACUUUUUGAGGCAAUCAACUGAAAGCUCUACACCAAAUACAACUUCAACGCUCAUUUCAAAUAUGCAACAGCAUCAAUCUACAACGUCAAUUCCUGCCGAUGGCAGCAUGAGUUCGCUGUUGCUGAGCAAGCAAAGUGGCGGCAAGACGAAAUCGCAGGCGAUCUAUCGCAACACGGAGCCAACGUAUCUCAACGAGACCACUGAGAGCGCCCAGAGUUACGACAAUCAGUCACACAGUCGCAACAGCUCCAAGAGUGACCUCAGCGAGAACUCCAAUCAGCACAGCGGCUACUUGAGCAGCGUCCGCACGACGCCAUCGGCGAAGAUCCAUCAGUUCCUCGUGCGAACAUUCAGCAGUCCAACGAAGUGCAAUCAUUGCACAUCUCUCAUGGUCGGCCUAACGCGACAGGGCGUCGUUUGCGAGCUCUGCGGCUUCGCUUGUCACAUGGUGUGCUGCCAGAAGGUCCCGAUUCAGUGUCCCGUGCCCACGGAUCAGACGAAGCGUCCCCUCGGAAUUGAUCCAACACGAGGAAUCGGCACAGCUUACGAAGGAUACGUGAAGGUUCCCAAGAGUGGCGUGGUGAAAAGGGGAUGGAUUCGUCAAUUUGUUGUCGUAUGUGAUUUUAAGCUCUUCCUCUAUGAUAUAUCAGCUGACAAAAGUGCAUUACCAAGUGUCUACGUGUCUCAAGUUUUGGACAUGAGAGACCCGGAAUUUACGGUUACCGGCGUGCGCGAAAGUGACGUUAUUCAUGCAUCGAAACGAGAUGUUCCUUGUAUUUUUCGUAUCACGACCUCUCUCCUGGACGGCGGAUCAGGGCUGCAGACGCUGAUGCUGGCGGACUCGGAGUCGGAGAAGGCAAAGUGGGUGGUGGCGCUCAGUGAGCUCCAUCGCAUUCUCAAGCGCAACAAUUUGCCCAACACGGCAAUCUUCCGCGUGCGCGAAGUCAUCGACAGCUCACUCACGCUCAUCCGGAACGCCCUGAGCGCCGUGAUUAUCGAUCCUGAUCGCCUUCUGGUCGGCACCGAAGACGGGCUUUUCUGUGUGGAUCUCGAUCGCAACGAAGUGGCGCGCAUCGGCGAGUCGAAGAAGAUCAUCCAGCUGUGGUACAUCAUGGAGGAGCAGAUCAUCGCCGUGCUGUGCGGCAAGCAGCGUCACAUGCGCCUGCUGCCGAUCAGGGGCCUCGAGACGCCCGACGUGGAGUGGAUCAAGGUGGCGGAGUCGAAGAACUGCAUCACGGCGUGCACGGGUCUGCUGCGUCGCUUCUCGCAGAACGUGUACAGCAUCGUGAUUGCGCUGAAACGGCAGAACAACAUCUCGCAGAUUGUCGUGUACGAGGUGAACAGGAACAAGUGUCGCCACCACAAAGUCUGCGAGUUCUCCGUCUCGUUCACUGUGCAGAGUUUGCAGAUUCUCACGGACGCUCGGCUCGUGGUGGGUCAUCAGAGUGGAUUCACUGCCUAUUUGCUCCUGCACGGAGAUGCUCAAGCCAUGUCUCUGGUUCAUCCGGAAAAUCAGAUUUGUGCUUUCCUCAAUUACUCAGCCGUUGAUGCUUGUCGCGUUAUCGAAAUUCAAUCGAGUCAGGGAUCUCCUGGUGAAUUGCUCCUAGUGUUCCAGACCCUGGCGAUUUAUGUGGAUCUCAAUGGGAGAAAGUCUCGAGACAGAGAAAUCAUGUAUCCUGCAGUUCCCACUCAUAUUACUUAUUCUGAUGGGCAUUUACUCCUCUUCUGCGAGACUCAUUUGGACGUUUUCAACUGCCAGACGGCCGAUUGGGUGCAAUCAAUCGGCCUCAAGCGAUCCAUGCCGCUCAAUUGCUAUGGAAACAUUGCUCUCAGUUACUUAGUUGACUCUCCCAUUGUCAUAUACUUGGCAAAUAUUCACACAAGGGAAUUGAUCAACAUUUCCAACUCUGAUCCUGUUGGAAAGUUGAAGCCUAAACGGAGAUUUUCCUUCCGGGAGGGCAAUCGAAAUGCCAGAACAACGGAUAGACGCUCAAAGAUGAUCUCGGCGCCGACCAACUUCAAUCAUAUCUCUCACAUGGGGCCUGGCGAUGGGAUUCAGAAGCAGCGACUGCUGGAUCUGCCGACAACAAUCGAAACUGCCGAUCAGACUGUGCAACAACAAAAGACUACCAACAGAUCCGCUCCACCGCCUCCAACUUCAUCCAACAGCGCUCUGGCUUCGCUUAGCGGUACAAAACGUAUGGCGCCGCAAAAACCAAAGGAACAACCGCCAUCAAUUCCCGUCUCGCCGAGUCCACUCGGGAGUAUGUCUUCUUUGCAUGACAUCCUUAAGGUGGUGGACAUGCAAUCGGCGCCGAGAAAGAGCGUCGCCAGCAACAAUUCCAGUUCCCUCUCGAGUCCUCCGUCUCUCAGUGGCGACCACUCGAGCUAUGACUCAUAAUUUAAUCCUGCGGAUCUUCAGUAAAGAAUGGAGCCUCUUCGGAAAAUGCAAUAGGAGGAAAAUCUCUACUUACUCUCUCUCUAUCUAAGCUCAGUGCGAAGAUGGGCAAAUCUUCGUGGGUUUUGAAAAAGCAGCAACUAUUGUACUCUUUCAAUUUUACUACUCGUAUAAGGAAUUUUAAGGAAAGAAAAUGAAGAAAAAAAACAAAAUUAAUCUCACUAUAAUGAUAUUAAAUUAAUUAUACACAAUACGCGACAGUAUAUUAUUUAUUAUUUAAAAAGAAAAAUUCAUGGUGAAAAAAAAUGCAAGAAAAAUCAAUAAAAAGUAAUAUUAAAAUAACUGUUUUACAAUUCAUAUACUGAGUAUAUUAUAUUAUAUGGAAUAGUAUUCUAUUUAGAAAGUAUUACCAAAAGAACAACAAAAUACAAAACCAAUUAAGAAAACUUUUUUGUACAAAAAAACAAUAUUAACAUUCUAUACCGUUCAUGCGAAUUUAGCUGAUGAGAAAAAAAUUCAUGGAAGAAAAAAGAGGAAGGAAAAAGCAGUAUGAAUGAGGAUUAGCUCUGUUGAAUAAAACAUUGCGUCUAACCAUA